CAGCUGAUUCUGAACUCUUAUAAAAUAGCUUUAGAGGUUGCUUGCUUCUGGUUGUCGCAUUAUAUAAUUUGCUGUGAAUGAUAAUUUUGUUGAUUUUUUGCAUGGAGCAAAUGGACGUGGACGUAGAAGUAACUCCUAAAUCAGCCAUAAUGGCUGGUCCAGGUACUGUACCAUCUGUAACAAUAUCAUUGCAUCCAUUGGUCAUAAUGAAUAUCUCUGAGCACUGGACACGCAUAAGAGCACAAUCUGGGGAAAUAACACAAGUUUAUGGUGCACUGAUUGGCAAAGAAAAAGGCCGCAACAUUGAAGUAAUGAACUCGUUUGAAUUAAAAGUGGAUAAUGUGGGUGAUGAUGUUAUCAUAAAUUUAGACUACUAUAACACAAAAGAGCAGCAAUACAAAAAGGUUUUCAGUGAUUUGGAUUUUAUAGGUUGGUAUACAACAGGUGAAGCACCUACUGAGAGAGACCUAAAAAUACAAAAGCAAAUUGCCAACAUUAAUGAAUGUCCCAUUAUGUUACAAUUAAAUCCGUUAUCGCGUAGUGUAGAGCAGUUACCACUUAAACUUUAUGAAACUGUAAUUGAUUUGAUUAAUGGCGAAGCUACUAUGCUUUUUGUUCCUUUAACAUAUACAUUAGCAACAGAAGAGGCUGAACGUAUAGGCGUAGAUCAUGUAGCCCGUAUGUCUACUAAUGAGACUGGCGAAAAGUCAGUUGUAGCUGAACAAUUGGUCGCAACUGGUAGUGCCAUUAAAAUGUUAAGUAAACGUAUUAAAAUUAUACUUAAAUAUGUAAAAGAUGUCAACGCUGGUAAAUUGCCGGUUGAUCAUGAGAUUUUACGUGAUAUCUAUGCACUAAGUCACCGCUUGCCUGUUAUGCAAGAUGAAGCCUUUCAUAAAGAAUUUUAUACACAGUGCAACGACGUCAUACUUAUAAGUUAUUUGGGUACACUUACAAAAGGUUGCAAUGAUAUGAACAAUUUCAUCAAUAAGUUUAAUAUACUAUAUGACCGCCAAGGCUCUGGUAGGCGUAUGCGCGGUUUGUACUAUUGAAAUUAAUAAUUAUAUUGUUUAAGAUAUCAAGUUACUAAUUAAAUAAAUAAAUUCUUUGUAUCUGCCAUGAGCAACUUUUUAACAUAUGUGUAAAAUACACGAUUAAAAUACAACAC